GUCAUAAUAAUUUUCCUAACUAUGGCCUUUGAAUACCAUUGAAGCUAAAGUAACCAUCUCAUGUGGGGGGAAGUUUCUGUGAAAACAGAACUUCUGACCAAUUUGGUUUCUGCAGAGCCAUUGUUUGAAUAAAAUAUAUCCUAGAUUGAUUUUCAGCCACUUCUGGAGUGUCAAAGGUUGCAUGCAUUUGGAAGGCAGAUGCAUCAACUUUGAAAUUAUGUAAAUGUGGGUUUGGUUAGAUCACAUAUUUAGUGGUGGAAGAGAAGAUGAGUUUCUUUUCAUGUUGCACAUCAUCUGAGAAGAUCAACAAGAACUCCUUCAGAGGGAGCAGCAGGGACUUCAAUCAUGCAAAAUCUAUGCCAUCAUGUGGUACCAUGUGUUUUAAACCUGAUAACAGCAAGAGGAAGUUCAUAGAACAAGAAAUUGCAAAGAUUGGAAGAGGGAAUAUUACCUCUCAGACUUUUUCUUAUCAUGAGCUAUGUGUUGCAACUGGGAAUUUUCACCCUGAGAACAUGAUUGGUGAAGGAGGCUUUGGAAGGGUGUAUAAAGGACGCAUUAAAAGCAUAAACAAGGUUGUUGCUGUGAAGAAACUUAACAGGAAUGGAUUCCAAGGAAACAGGGAAUUUCUUGUAGAGGUUUUGAUUUUGAGUCUCUUGCACCACCCUAACCUUGUUAAUUUGGUAGGGUAUUGUGCAGAUGGUGAACAAAGGAUUUUGGUAUACGAAUACAUGGUGAAUGGUUCUUUAGAAGAUCACCUUCUUGAACUACCUGAGGACAGAAAGCCUUUGGAUUGGCAAACCAGAAUGAACAUAGCAGCAGGUGCAGCUAAAGGACUUGAAUACUUGCAUGAGGUAGCAAAUCCACCAGUGAUAUACCGUGAUUUCAAAUCAUCAAACAUACUAUUGGAUGAAAACUUCAAUCCAAAGCUCUCUGAUUUUGGACUUGCAAAGCUUGGUCCAACUGGUGAUAAAACUCAUGUAUCCACCAGGGUGAUGGGAACUUAUGGCUAUUGUGCUCCUGAGUAUGCCUCAACAGGCCAAUUGACUACAAAAUCAGAUAUAUACAGCUUCGGAGUGGUAUUUCUAGAGAUGAUCACAGGAAGAAGAGUACUUGAUCAAUCAAGAUCAUCUGAGGAGCAAAACUUAGUCACUUGGGCACAACCACUAUUCAAAGACAGAAGGAAGUUUACAUCAAUGGCUGAUCCAUUGCUGAAAGGGAACUACCCAGCAAAGGGUCUACACCAAGCACUAGCAGUUGCAGCAAUGUGCCUUCAGGAGGAAGCACAUACUCGACCUUUGAUCAGUGACGUGGUUACAGCCAUUGAUGUUUUAGCCAAGACGCAGAUGCAAGUGGGAAAACAGCAACAUGCAACAGACACUUUUUUGGAGGACAAAGAACGCAGUUAACAGAAGGAAUCUGAAAUGGUAUAGGAUUAUAGAACAUUAAGAACAAUGAAUGAAACUGUAGCUGCUAAAGAAGUUUGAGAAUCAAUGUAACAAUUUUUUACUAUAGCAUGAUGAAAAUCAGAACUAUUACAUGUUUUUCCUUGUUCAUGAUCUAGUGAUUAGUAGCAUUAGAUUUUGAUAAUAAAAUGAAAAGGU